CUAUUCUCAAAUAUUAUAAAAAAAAUAAAACACGCGUAUAAUGGGAGGCUUUAAACUAGAUUUACCGGUCGAUAUGUCCGAGAAAACAACCGAUAAAUUAGAACUUAUAAAAAAAAUCCUUCAUUUGAUCACGGUGGCAACGGAUCUUUUGACUAUUUGUGUGGCUGCUCCGAUGAUUGCUAUUGAAGCUCGUUAUCUUGGCGCAGGAAAACCAGCUCCAAACUAUGCUUUAUUUGUCGCAAUCACAAGUUUGCCUGUUCCCUUCUUACUAGUCUAUUUCCCUUGGAUGUACGAGAAAUACAACAAGUUCAAGCGUCUUGGCAAAUUCUGUUUGAAGAACCGUACAAACAUCAUCUUCUGUAGUUUCAAUUCUUUUAUGUGGGCAACCGCUGGUAUCGCUAUUACCGUUCAUUCAAAUGAUGCAUCUAAUUGUACUUUUAAUCCGGAUUAUAUUGAGGACUUUGGAGACGAUUAUAGUAGCUCUUGGGGAACACAGUGUAAUUUAGCUAAAGUAACUGCUGGAUUUGCUUGGAUUACAUGUAUUUUAUGGUUAACUACAUUAGCUAUCACUUUUAUUCAUUUCUGGAAAGAAAAGACAUUAAUCCAAGAGAGAUUAAACGAGCAUCGUUUAAGCAAGCAACAAAAAUUAGAAGAGAGACAACAGGAUGAAGAGUAUCACAAUAGCCAACCCGAGUACGGUAGAACACACGGAUACGAGGAAGAAUCACCCUUUGCUGAUCAAUAUCAAUCAAAGCACCAAGAGUCAUCACCAUUCAAUGAUCCUCAACCAAGCCCAUAUAAUCAUGGUGAUGAUUAUCGCCGUACCUCUUUCACUCCCGUGUACGAUGGUAACGCUAUCCAGCCUGGUCAGUAUGUGGAUCACAAUCCCAUCGGAUUUUCACCAAUGCCAACACCCCAGCAUAUGCCUCCUCAUAUGUCGCCUCAGAACGUACCUGGUCAGCACACACCUCCUCAGCAUAUGCCUCCUCACCCAGAGCCAACCUAUUAUAACAAUAACUUUUAAUUGUAUCUAUAUCCUCUCUCCCCUUUAUCAACUUUACAUAAUUACCUUCGUAAAUAAAAACCCUCUUCCUAUUUUAAAACAUA